GAUUCAUAAAAUGUUUUGUCCAUUUUGCAAUGAUCUCAAAAAGUUUUCGGACUUGAUCCCACAUGUUAAACUUAAACAUAAGAAUUUAAUGUCUACAGAAAUCGUUUGCAGUGCAUGCAAAUGUGUAACGCGAGAUAUUUAUACGUUUAAAAAGCACUCCAAAAUCCACGAAACCAAAAAUAAUUUUAAGGAAAUUGAAUCCGCUACCGGUGAUAUACAAGUGCCUUUAUUUAAUUAUGAUGACGUACCUGUCUCUUCAGAUAUUGAACCGAUUGCGGAAUAUCUAAAUGAAAUCAUUCCGCAGCAAGUUACAUCAGUAGAAGAAUUUUCAAAACAAUUGAAACGAAACGCAUCUGUUUUAGUCGCCAAGUAUUUUUCUAAACCUACUGUCAAUAGAAAAAUUACAUUAGAUAUUAUUUCUAAUUGUGUAAAUUUUUAUCAAAAUGCGUUGAACCCUCUGAAAUUAUUUCAUAAUAACAAUCGCGAAUUAUCCUUGGAAAUAUCGAUUAUUCAAAAUUGUUUUUCCUUUUUAGAAAACGAGUACAAAAUUUUUCAACAUUUUAAAACUUUAGGCACUUAUAUAGAACCAGUAGAGGAAUCGAUUGAUUUGUAUUUAAUCGUAAAAAAUGUAAAGGGUUUUAAUACGCAAGCUCAGAAAUAUCAUAAGUUUCAAAUUAUCCCAAUUGAUAUUGUAUUAACGAAAUUUCUUGAGCUUCCUGGCGUAUUAGACUCUAUAAUAACAAAUAUAAAUAAGAAAGAGCAGAGCGACUACUUUGAUUCGUUAUUCAAAGGGGAUGCAUAUAAAACUCUAAAAGAACAGUUACCUGUAGGCAUAUUACUUCCUCUAAUGGUUUACAAUGAUGAUUUCGAAAUAAAUAACCCGAUUGGUAGUCGUAAAGUUUUGCAUAAAAUAGGUGCAGUUUAUAUUUCUAUUUUAGGAAUACCAGAUGAGUUUGUUAGUCAGUUAGAAAAUAUUUUAUUAUUUCAACUGCAUCGCUAUUUGAAUCACAAAGACUUUGGUAAUAAACCAAUCUUUCAAUGCUGUGUAGAUAAAUUAAAAAAAUUAGUGAAGGACGGUUUAAUCAUUAAUUCUAUUAAAGUUAACUUUGUAGUUUUUCAAGUCGUGAGCGACAAUUUAGGAGCAAAUUCCAUAUUGGGAUUUUCGAAAUCAUUUUUAUCUAUGAAUUGUUGUCGUAUUUGUACGGCUGAUAUUAAUCAGCGUAAAUUUUUAACUAGAGAAGAUUCUCAGUUACUGCGAGACGUUGAUAAUUAUAAGUUGGCGGCUGAAAACUUAACUCACGGUGUUGAAGAAGAAUGUAUUUUCAACCAAAUACCUUAUUUUCAUGUGACAAAAAAUAGUUGUGUGGACUUAACACACGAUCUUUACGAGGGCAUAUGCCGCUACGACAUGGGACAUAUUUUGCAUCAUUUGAUACAAAAAAAUUAUUUUACACUUGAAAAAGUAAAUGAACGUUUAGCUAAUUUAAGUAAAAAAUGUAUGGAUGAUAUGAAUGUAAUGACUAAAUUACCUAAUGAUUGUGUAUCUAAAAAAUAUUUAAUACUCUCAGCAUCAGAGAUGUCAUUUUUGAUCAAUUAUUUUGGUAUACUCGUUGGUAAUUUAGUCAAAAAAAACGACCCAGUAUGGGAGUAUUUUUUACUUCUUAAGGAAAUUGUUAGUCUUGUCACAGGUUCUGUCGUGAAUGACUCGAUUAUUGAAAGAUUACAAAAUGCUAUUCACGAGCAUCACACUAUGUUUAUAACUUAUUUUAAAGAAGAUUUAAAACCUAAGUAUCAUAUCUUAACUCACUACCCUCGAUUAAUGAAACUUUUUGGACCAUUGAAUCAAUUCUCUACCAUUCGUUUUGAAGGCAAACACAAAUUUUUUAAAGAAGUAGCGAAUUCAAUGACCUCAAGGGUAAAUCCUGAAUUAAGUUUAUCUGUAAAACAUCAAUUGCAGCUCUCUUAUAGGCUAUUGAUUAAUCGAGGGUUUGAGUCGAGAUUGGAAGUAGGUUCACAAGAAGUUAGUUCAAUCAAGAAUUUAUUAGACUUCUCAAAGUUCAAAAAAAAAGUGCCCAUAGAUUGGCUCAACGCUGAUCCUUCAGUAGUUACAUGGGUAAGAGUGAAUGGUACUUUGUACAAAAAACAAUCAGUAAUUUAUAUGAAUAGUGGUACAACUGAUUGUGUACCAGCUGUGUUAGGAAAAAUUUGUCAUAUCUUAGUAAGUAAGGAAAACCGAGUUUCAUUCAUAUGUGAAGAAUUAAAAAUUACUUAUCAUAAUGAACAUUUAUCGGCUUACGAAGUGCAGUUGUUAACUAACUCUUAUUGUUUUGUUGAAAGAGAAAACCUUUCCAAUUAUAAACCGACAAUAGAUCAUUUUAUAAGUAAUUCUCAAAGAUGUAUACCUAUAUGGUAAUUAAAAGUAUCCCAAUGUAAGUUGAUAACUACAAAAGUAUAAUUUUUUUUAAUAAAUCACGUACCAAAAUGCA